AUCAAGGCUGUCAUGUGUAGAUAUCUCCGACUCCUCGGCGUCGAUCUGAGGAGGAGUAGCCUGCAGUUGUACUGAGAGGAAAAGGAGAGCUCUGUUUUAUUCAGUUCAUCGCUGUGUGGCAUACCUUGCUUGUGUUCUUACAGUUUAAACGCACAUUGUAACGUUAGUUAACUGAGUGCGCCCACAUCACCGGACUUCACAUUGGUGACAACGAGAAGUAAACCAAAGUAAACAGAACAAGAGUUGACAAGACAUUUUCCAGAGCCAGGAGUUUGUGGAAACAGGAUGGAGGAGAGCCCUGUAUCUCUAACACACUAGAUCCUUCACUGUUCCAGCCCUCACUGCCUCACACCGGCCCUGCGUUCUUCAAGACUACUGAUUUAUUUGAAAUGAUUGAGAAAAUGCAGAGCAACAGAAUGGACGAGCAACGAUGCACUUUUCCUCCUCCUCUCAAAACCGAGGAGGACUACAUCCCUUACCCCAGCGUCCAUGAGGUUCUCGGUAGAAAGAGUCCAUUUCCCUUGAUUCUGCUGCCCCAGUUCGGGGGUUAUUGGAUUGAAGGGACCAAUCACGAGCUGAGCUAUGGGAUCGACCUGGACCAGCUCCUGUCUCCCAACUCACGCUUCAAACUGGAGUGUAACACCACCGCUAAGAUCUACAGGAAGCAUUUUCUGGGCAAAGAACACUUUAAUUACUAUACAGUGGACAGUGCCCUGGGCCACCUGGUGUUCUCCAUGAAAUAUGAUGUUAUUGGGGACCAAGAGCAUCUCCGUCUCAUGCUCAGAACAAAAAUGAAAACAUAUCAGGAUGUGAUACCAAUAUCUUGUCUGACCGAAUUCCCUAACAUUGUCCAGAUGGCCAAGCUCGUCUGUGAAGAGGUGAACGUGGACCGAUUUUUCCCGGUGCUUUACCCAAAGGCCUCCAGGCUCAUCGUCACUUUCGACGAACACGUCAUAAGCAACAACUUCAAGUUCGGAGUCAUUUAUCAGAAGUUUGGACAGACCUCAGAGGAGGAGUUGUUUGGGAAUAAUGAGGAGAGUCCUGCUUUGGUGGAGUUUUUAGAGUUUCUGGGACAGAAAAUCGAGCUCCAUGACUUCAAAGGAUUUCGUGGAGGAUUGGACGUGACACAUGGACAGACAGGCUCUGAAUCUGUGUACCACAAUUUCCACAACAAGGAGAUCAUGUUCCACGUGUCAACUAAGCUUCCUUACACAGAGGGUGAUACACAGCAGCUACAAAGGAAGAGGCAUAUAGGAAAUGACAUCGUGGCCAUCGUGUUUCAAGACGAGAACACUCCAUUUGUGCCAGACAUGAUUGCCUCCAACUUCCUGCAUGCCUAUGUAGUGGUGCAAGUUGAAAAUGCCUGUUCUGACAACGUCCUGUACAAGGUUUCAGUAACAGCGAGAGAUGACGUCCCCUUCUUCGGACCACCUCUCCCCAACCCAGCCAUUUUUAAGAAAGGCCCAGAGUUUCAUGAAUUCUUGCUUACCAAGCUGAUCAAUGCUGAAUACGCUUGUUACAAAGCUGAAAAAUUUGCCAAAUUAGAGGAGCGUACCCGGUCUGCUCUGCUGGAGACGCUGUACGAGGAGCUGCACAUCAACAGUCAGGCUAUGAUGGGGCUGGGAGGAGAGGAGGACAAACUGGAGAACGGAGGAGGAGGGGGAGGCGGCUUCUUUGAGUCUUUCAAGCGGGUGAUCCGCAGCAGGAGCCAGUCUCUGGACACCAUGGGCCACAAUAUCAGGAAGUACACAGUCUCCAAUAGUCACAGCGGCAGUAUCAGCCACAACAACAACAACCACCACUCACCAGAGACCCCUAAACCCCCUGGGAUAUCAUUGCUUGUCCCAGGCAAAAGUCCCAGUAAAUAUGGACGGCGUGGCAGUGCCAUAGGAAUAGGAACCAUAGAAGAGUCUUUGAUCAUUCCUGGAAAAAGCCCAACUAGGAAAAAGUCAGGACCUUUCAGCUCUCGACGUAGCAGUGCUAUUGGCAUCGAAAACAUCCAGGAGGUCCAGGAGAAGAGAAUUGCCGCUCUGUUGUCAGAGGACAGGACAGUGCUCUGUCUCUCUCUACCCAGCGUCACUCUCAGGAAUGGGAGGCUCAUCGUGGAUUCCUCCAAUAGAGAGUGCUUCCCCAGCACACAGAAGACUCCUGACAGUGGCCACGCCUCCCAGGAUCCCAAGUCUGAAAACUCCUCCAACCAGAGCUCUCCUGAAGUCCUCAUCACCAAGAACAGCUCAAGCAUGUACUACCAGGCUCCCUCCAUUCCUGAGGCUCUUGACCUGUCCCGCUCCUCCUCUAAUGCCAGCAGCUUUGCUAGUGUGGUAGAGGACAAUGAAACCGAGGCCACAGAGGACUAUGACACCGGCAUGGAGAGUCUGUCGUCAGCAGAUACUCCUCAAAAACGAGACUCGUUCACAUACAGCACAUGGCUGGAGGACAACAUGAGCACUGCCAGUACAACCAGCAGGGGGAGCUCUCCUGCCGGGAAAACAGAUGGUGGAAAGAACCAGGAGCAGAACCGUACAGACAUCCGCAUCAAACUUGAGCGACCGCAUGACCACAAGUCCACAUCUAACUGCUAGCCCCUCCAGAUUGACUGCCCCAUGGACGUCCAUCAACAGCAAUUCCGUUAGAAACACCUUAGAGAGAAAAGGCGUUACUUGAUGAAGAAGAGGAUGACGAUCACAGUUGGCUGCAGAAGUGACAACAUGUACAUGCCCCAGAACCACAAUCAUGUGACCAUACCUCCAUCAGGACACUCUCUUCCCCUGCAGACUUGACCAGAAACAGGAAGGAGUUGGCUACAGGCAGCCAGAGACUGUGCAUUGGCCCGCUCCCCUUGAGUACAUCGGUAAAUGGAUGAGAAGCUCCUCUGUAGCAGCAUCUACUGACACGCCACUGUGCCGGUGAGUGGCUAAACUAGCAGGUUAUUUGAGGUCCUAACACUGUGCUGAAAUUCAGUUCUGUGAAGUUUGCAUCCUAAAAACAUUUUAUCUGCUUGCGUGAUGAAAGCUUUUUAACCUUGUUCCAAAUGGUGGACUCUGCAACAGGGAUAGAGCAUUCUUCUGAAACCUCAAAUGACAAAUGGGAAGCACUACGGUCUCGGGGACUUCACUGCAAGUACAGUACACAUCAUAUGCGCUGUUUAGGACAGGGCCAUAGAGACCAAACCAUGUCUCAAAUUCGCUCAGAAAGUCGUUUAGAAUUAAGGUGUGAAAACCCUUGAUCUGAUGUACAUUGUAGCUGUGCAAUACAUUAUUUAAAAGUAACAUCAUUCAAAAGAUCAAAGAAAAAAAAGAUCUUGUUUAUCAACAGUUGAGUUCAGUUAAAAUGCAUUAGGGAUGCACCGAUAUAAAAAAAAUAGAGCAUUACCGAUAAGCUGCUAAUAAUUUUGUUUGUGACCAAUAUAUUGUAAAGAAAUAACAAAAUAACUUUUUUAAAUGCUACAAGUGAAUUAAGGUAUCACAGCAUUAUAAUAUACAGUAUGAAAAUUGAUAUUUAUUUUGAAAUUUGUUAAAAAUUACAUAUAGCAUUUAACAUUUUUUGUGUGUGUGUUUUUUUUUUUUUAGUUUUUGAGCAUUAGAUCCUGGAAAGGAAAUAAAUGAAAUUAAUAUAUAGAGUCAUUUAAAAAAGCACAAACAAUUAUAUAUCCAAUAUCGGCCAGUACUAAAGAAUUAAAACAUUUCUAAUAUUACCCAAUAGCUGAUAGGGUACUGAUACUGUAUACUGUGCAUCCCUAGCUUUUUUAUCUACAGUGUGUGUGUAUGUAUGUAUG